AAGGCGCCUCGCGAUUGGGUGCUGGGGCCGGGUACGUCAGAUAGACUGUGACGUGCAGUCUUCCUGUUUCCUUCAGCUGUGUCUUAAAGUAAAUCUUGUUGUGGAGCGGAGCCCUCAGCUGAGGGAGCGCUCUGAAAUAAUACACCAUUGCAGCCGGGGAAAGCAGAGCGGCGCAAAAGAGCUCUCGCCGGGUCCGCCUGCUCCCUCUCCGCUUCGCUCCUCUUCUCUUCUUUACCCUUCUCCUCUCUCCUCCUCUGCUGCUCUCUCCUCUCCUCCGCUCUUCUCUCUCCUCCUCUCCUGCUCUCUCCUCUUCCCUUCGCUCCUCUUCUUUUCUUCUCCUCUUCUUCCCUCUCCUCGCCUCUCCCCUGCUCCUCUUCUCUUGUCUCCCCUCCCUGCCCGCCUCUCUCUCCCCUCUCCCUCUCCCACUCGCCCCGCUCGCUCGAUCGCUGUCGCACAGACUCACCGUCUCUUGUCCAAUUAUCAUAUUCAUCACCCGCAAGAUAUCACCGUGUGUGCGCGCGCGUGUUUUCCUCUCUCUGCCGGGGAAAAAAAAAGAGAGAGAGAGAGAGAGAGAGGGAUAGAGAGAGAGAGGCUCGGUCCCACUGCUCCCUGCACCGCGGUCCCGGGAUUCUUGAGCUGUGCCCAGCUGACGAGCUUUUGAAGAUGGCACAAUAACCGUCCAGUGAUGCCUGACCAUGACAGCACAGCCCUCUUAAGCCGGCAAACCAAGAGGAGAAGAGUUGACAUUGGAGUGAAAAGGACGGUAGGGACAGCAUCUGCAUUUUUUGCUAAGGCAAGAGCAACAUUUUUUAGUGCCAUGAAUCCCCAAGGUUCUGAGCAGGAUGUUGAGUAUUCAGUGGUGCAGCAUGCAGAUGGGGAAAAGUCAAAUGUACUCCGCAAGCUGCUGAAGAGGGCGAACUCGUAUGAAGAUGCCAUGAUGCCUUUUCCAGGAGCAACCAUAAUUUCCCAGCUGUUGAAAAAUAACAUGAACAAAAAUGGUGGCACGGAGCCCAGUUUCCAAGCCAGCGGUCUCUCUAGUACAGGCUCCGAAGUACAUCAGGAGGAUAUAUGCAGCAACUCUUCAAGAGACAGCCCCCCAGAGUGUCUUUCCCCUUUUGGCAGGCCUACUAUGAGCCAGUUUGAUAUGGAUCGCUUAUGUGAUGAGCACCUGAGAGCAAAGCGCGCCCGGGUUGAGAAUAUAAUUCGGGGUAUGAGCCAUUCCCCCAGUGUGGCAUUAAGGGGCAAUGAAAAUGAAAGAGAGAUGGCCCCGCAGUCUGUGAGUCCCCGAGAAAGUUACAGAGAAAACAAACGCAAGCAAAAGCUUCCCCAGCAGCAGCAACAGAGUUUCCAGCAGCUGGUUUCAGCCCGAAAAGAACAGAAGCGAGAGGAGCGCCGACAGCUGAAACAGCAGCUGGAGGACAUGCAGAAACAGCUGCGCCAGCUGCAGGAAAAGUUCUACCAAAUCUAUGACAGCACUGAUUCGGAAAAUGAUGAAGAUGGUAACCUGUCUGAAGACAGCAUGCGCUCGGAGAUCCUGGAUGCCAGGGCCCAGGACUCUGUCGGAAGGUCAGAUAAUGAGAUGUGUGAGCUAGACCCAGGACAGUUUAUUGAUCGAGCUCGAGCCCUGAUCAGAGAGCAGGAAAUGGCUGAAAACAAACCGAAGCGAGAAGGCAACAACAAAGAAAGAGACCAUGGGCCAAACUCCUUACAACCGGAAGGCAAACAUUUGGCUGAGACCUUGAAACAGGAACUGAACACUGCCAUGUCUCAAGUUGUGGACACUGUGGUCAAAGUCUUUUCGGCCAAGCCCUCCCGCCAGGUUCCUCAGGUCUUCCCACCUCUCCAGAUCCCCCAGGCCAGAUUUGCAGUCAAUGGGGAAAACCACAAUUUCCACACCGCCAACCAGCGCCUGCAGUGCUUUGGCGACGUCAUCAUUCCGAACCCCCUGGACACCUUUGGCAAUGUGCAGAUGGCCAGUUCCACUGACCAGACAGAAGCACUGCCCCUGGUUGUCCGCAAAAACUCCUCUGACCAGUCUGCCUCCGGCCCUGCCGCUGGCGGCCACCACCAGCCCCUGCACCAGUCGCCUCUCUCGGCCACCACAGGCUUCACCACGUCCACCUUCCGCCACCCCUUCCCCCUUCCCUUGAUGGCCUAUCCAUUUCAGAGCCCAUUAGGUGCUCCCUCCGGCUCCUUCUCUGGAAAAGACAGAGCCUCUCCUGAAUCCUUAGACUUAACUAGGGAUACCACGAGUCUGAGGACCAAGAUGUCAUCUCACCACCUGAGCCACCACCCUUGUUCACCAGCACACCCGCCCAGCACCGCCGAAGGGCUCUCCUUGUCGCUCAUAAAGUCCGAGUGCGGCGAUCUUCAAGAUAUGUCUGAAAUCUCACCUUAUUCGGGAAGUGCAAUGCAGGAAGGAUUGUCACCCAAUCACCUGAAAAAAGCAAAGCUCAUGUUUUUUUAUACCCGUUAUCCCAGCUCCAAUAUGCUGAAGACCUACUUCUCCGAUGUAAAGUUCAACAGAUGCAUUACCUCUCAGCUCAUCAAGUGGUUUAGCAAUUUCCGUGAGUUUUACUACAUUCAGAUGGAGAAGUACGCGCGUCAAGCCAUCAACGAUGGGGUCACCAGUACUGAAGAGCUGUCUAUAACCAGAGACUGUGAGCUGUACAGGGCUCUGAACAUGCACUACAAUAAAGCAAAUGACUUUGAGCAGGUUCCAGAGAGAUUCCUGGAAGUUGCUCAGAUCACAUUACGGGAGUUUUUCAAUGCCAUUAUCGCAGGCAAAGAUGUUGAUCCUUCCUGGAAGAAGGCCAUAUACAAGGUCAUCUGCAAGCUGGAUAGUGAAGUCCCUGAGAUUUUCAAAUCCCCGAACUGCCUACAAGAGCUGCUUCAUGAGUAGAAAUUUCGACAACUCUAUUUGAAUGUAUGAAGAGUAGCAGUCCCCUUUGGAUGUCCAAGUUAUAUGUGUCUAGAUUUUGAUUUCAUAUAUAUGUGUAUGGGAGGCAUGGAUCUGUUAUGAAAUCAGCUGGUAAUUCCUCCUCAUCACCUUUCUCUCAUUUUCUUUUGUUUUCCAUUGCAAGGGGAUGGUUGUUUUCUUUCUGCCUUUAGUUUACUUUUGCCCAAGGCCCUUAACAUUUGGACACUUAAAAUAGGGUUAAUUUUCAGGGAAAAAGAAUGUUGGCGUGUGUAAAGUCUCUAUUAGCAAUGAAGGGAAUUUGUUAACGAUGCAUCCACUUGAUUGAUGACUUAUUGCAAAUGGCGGUUGGCCGAGGAAAACCCAUGACACAGCACAACUCUACAGACAGUGAUGUGUCUCUUGUUUUUACUGCUAAGAAGGUCUGAAAAUUUAAUGAAACCACUUCAUACAUUUAAGUAUUUUGUUUGGUUUGAACUCAAUCAGUAGCUUUUCCUUACAUGCUUAAAAAUAAUGCCAGUGACAGAUGAGCAGCUCACUUUUCCAAAGUACCCCAAAAGGCCAAAUUAAAAAAGAAACAUAUUCACUAGCAAGCCUUUUCUAAGAAAAGAGGCAAACUCUGAAAAUAGUACCAGUUUCUUCUGGAGGCAAAGCAAUUUUGCACAAAACCAGCUCUCUCAAGAUGAGACUGGAAAUUCAUACCUGGUCUUCUAGUCACCUCUCUAAACUCGACAAUAGGUUCUUCUUCAUAAGUGAGCUUACAUCAUUCUUCAUAAAGAAAAAUCCUAUAACUUGUUAUCAUUUUGCUUCAGAUACUAAAAGGCACUAAGUUUCAAAUUUACACUGCUCAACUUUGUUUGUGUGCUUAAAAGGAUUCUGUUUACUUAACACUUUUUUCCCCUAAAAUGCUAUUUUCUGAAUACUUUCUUCCAGUAAGGAAUAAAGGAAAGCCCAACUUGGCCAUAAAAUUCUUGCCUACACUAGAAGUUUGUUGACAGCUGUUAGCUGACUUGAUCUUCAUCUCCUAAGAGGAACACAUACAUUUUCGCAUGCAAUGCCACACUCUCCUGAUGGGUAUUCAAAGUGGUGACAGUCUAACUCAGUGUUUCUUUAUUUUAGGUAUAACAUUUUAAAGCAAUUGAUAAUGCCUCUUCCAAUUCAGAAGCUAGUAUUGACCAAAAUGUGAGAAGAGUGUAUAGCAUAGGAAAAUUUGGGGUUAACCCGAAAGACACAAUUCCAGCACACGUAAGAAAGCUAGCUGCUAUUUUAUGCUUUCUUCAAUGGUUCUCCUCUUUUUCCUUUUUUUUUUUCCCCCUGUUUUUCAGUGAUGUACAGUGUUCCAUACUUGCAUUGAAAAAAAUUGUAUGGCAUUCACACUUUUUUUCUUCGGUGGGUUUUUGUGUGCAGAUGCAGUAAGAAUUCAUUGUUCAUCCUAAAACUGUUUUCCAGACCCCUCCUUCCCCUUAGGUAAUUUGAUAUACACCUCCUAAAAUGACACAGUAACAAAUCUGGUAUUUAGAACAUAUAGAACAUAAAUGCCAUUUUUUAAUUCAAUUUUAAUAAGAAUUACAUUUGACUUUGGAGAAUACAGGUUUUGACCCAUGUGACUGACUAGCUGACCCGAUCGCUGUAAUUUAACGUCAUUUAUAAAUCUGCUGAUGGACAGGAAUGUAUGAACUCAAUUAUUGUCAGCACAAAGCCUUAAAACCUGCUGACUUUAAAUUAAACGGUGCAGUCCUAUGAUGCCCUGCACCAUCCAGGGGACUAACAGGGCCUCGCAGUGUGGACAGAGGGUGCAGCCGCAUGGGCUGGGGCACCAGCCACUUCACUCUGCACCCGCGGCCUCACACAUCUCCCAGCUCACACUACUAAUGCACAGAGUCAUUAGAUCCAAUUUGUUAUUUUUCUCACUUGCUUUAAAACAAAAACAAGUUUGGAUAAUCAUGACAUUGGAAUAAAGUGGGAAGAAAAAAUUCAGUCAGCACAAAGUAGGGAAGCGAUCUCAACUUGUCACACUUUUCUGACUGGCUUUGUUUAAAAGAGUGUGGCCUUCCUUGUUCGUGUCAGUACACCACUGGGUUUUUGCUGUUCCAUGUAAUUCAUAUCAACAUUGUGUUGCCAUUUGCAAGGUAAAAGGCAAAGCUGUAGUGUAUUCACCUAUGUAGACAGAUUGCUAGGUAUCUUUUUGAUCUGGGGUGAGUUCAAUAUUGAUUCCAGACUUAUUUGGAUUUUUUAGUAUUAUUUUCCCCUCCCUUCUAAUUUAAAUAGACAAAUUAAGCAAAAGUGUGUGUUCGCAACCAAAUGUUGAUGCCCUUAUCUACUGAUAAUAUCCUCUCAAUGUUCACUGAGGCAUAGAAAUUAUUUCAGAGUAGAAAUUGCAGCAUGAGGAUAAACUCACCUCUUUGUUCUGAAAAUAGAAAUUUAUCACUAUGCUUUCUGGUGGUUUUCCCUCUCAAAAUAAAAAUCGUGUGCCUCCCAAGUGCACUGGAAAAUGACAAAAGCCUGUCUCUCCAAAUUCCUAUUUAACAGUUUGAUUUUUUUUUUUCAAAUCACCUUCUUUGAAAUCUUAGCUCAACUCUCACCAAGAGAAAAUUGGCUACUUGGGAGAAAGUUAACUUUCUAUGGUGGGAGGGUGAAGGAUGAGGGACAGUUUACAUAGGGAAAGAAAAAAAAGUCUAAAGUCCAUGUUGAAAAACCACACUACCACUUAUUUUCUGCUAACCCUAAAUUAUUUUUGCGUAUACGCUUGAGGUUAUAGUCUGUGCCUAGACCUAAAAUGCACCAGCGGGGGGGAUUUUAAAAAAUCCUUCAAAAUACCAGUUUUUUCCCAACAAGUACAAUUGUUCUUGUGCCUUCUGUGGCUUUCGAUUUCAUCUUUUUGACUUUAUUUCCAAUUACUACAGCUGCAAUAAACACUAGAUUUUUUUUCUGGCUGUUUGACAUAACGUUGAUAGCUAUGCAUAUUUUGUGUCUUUUUAAAACAAAGCGGGAGAAUACGUUUUUGAAGAAGAGAAUUUUUAGAACAGUUUGAUACCGCAAAUUAUUUUUUCCUCAAUUGUUUGAGCAGCAUUCGAGUUUUGAAAAUUCUUGUAGAAGCCAAUUUUUUGUAACUGUGGUGCAAAUCUUGUGUUUUCUUAGCCUAAUGAAAAGUAGUAUAGAAGCAAUAUUUCAUACCAUGUGCUAUAUAUGUGUGUGCAGAUGUGUGAACAUAAAAGCACAUACACACAUAUACACACAUGUAAAAAUAUACAUAUAUAUAUAUGCGUGUGAAGUGGAAAGCUUACCUUUUCCUAUCUAGAUUUAAGAACCUAUUUUAGACAUUUGUUAUGUUUUGUGAAAAGAAUGUUCUAUUUGCAACAAAACAUUUAAUUCUUACUGUAUCUCUGGCUGUUUAAUGAGGACGUUUCACAUUAACUGGUAAAACACGUGGAAGAUGUUAGAAUGUAGUAAUUAUUUAAGUAAACGUUCACCCACAUAUUCCUGAAGUUUGCUUUGUGCCUCCGAGUAUUAUUUAAUUAAAGUGUUUUAUGUUUGCAGAAUCUUUGUUACUGUACUAGGGAUGUGGGUGAAUAUCAUUUAAAAAAAUUUUAAACAAAAAAAAGCAAAACAAAAACACUAAAGCAAGAGGGGAACUUUUAUAAAGCAAUGUAAAUAUUUAACCUCAUGGCUGUCAUUAUGUAAGACAUGAGAUUUUAAUAAAUAACUACAUUCUCACGACAUCUGUCGAAUUUACUAGGAACACUACAGUGACUGUACAGACAGUUGAAAGCAUUCUUGAAAAUCCUGCUCUCUCCUUUUAAAAGUUAACAAUCUCUUUUAUCAGAUAUCAAGGGCAAGGGUAAUGCAGUUUCUGUAAAUUUAUGAAAUUUCUUUUUCUAUGUACAUGAAGACAUUUAGUAACACCCCCCUUCCCGUGCGCGCACAUGGGCAUGCACGCAUGCGCGCACGCGCGCGCGCGCGCACACACACACACACACACACACACACACACAUUGUCAUAAAGCUAAUGAUUUGGGGGCUUUAAAAAAUAGGAUGUCCUCCAGGAACAAUCAUAAAUUUAUGAAAGAAAGAGUAGUUUACAGACUCCCCUGAAAGAAGCAGUGUAUAUGUGAAGACAGUGCAAAAAUCUCUUUGCCAUGUAUAUUAUAGCGUAUUCAUUGGUGUGAAUAGUACAAAUGUUUCCUUCUGGUACAAACUCUGUGUUUGCAAAUUACAAGAAGCAUUGUUUUCAAAAAGCUCCCCUUAAAAAAUGUAACUGAUUUAUAUGAGUAAGCAGUUACCGUAUUGCACUUAAAUGUUAUGUUGAAGGAAAUGCAGUUUUGUUUUCUGUAGAUCUGUUGGUUGUAAACCAUCUAUAAAACUAAAGCUAAAAUGCUCAUAUUCAGAGCUGGGAUCAAAACUGGUAUUUAACCUUUGCAUCUUCUUAUAAUUAUCCUUCUAAGAAUAUAACACAAUGUGGAAGUGUCUGGACUUUGAGUCUUUUCACUGAGCCCUCUCUCAAAUCUGACACCCCCUCAAAAUGCACAAACAUAAGCAGAAAAGGCAAACAAGCUUAACUUCUUUUAUGAAAAUGUAUUCAUUCUGUAUUUUUUUAAUAUUCAAUUCCCCUAAAAAGGGGGAGAAAACAUUUUAAAAUUGUAUAUUACCACUUCAAAUUUAGAACUAAGAAAAAAAUGUAUUUGGGAUUGGUCUCAGUGCUACCUAGAAGAAUCAAAGGUCGUGGCUUCCCUCAAUAUUGUCCCAGCCAUUUCUCAUAUGUAUAUAGUAUAAACCGUGACAAAACACUGCCUUUAUAUUAUUUAGCAAUAUGUUGUAAAUAGCAUUAUUAAGCUCUUUUUUGUAAUAAAGACCCUUUGAUUUGAAUAUAGUACAAUAACUGAACUGAUAAAGUCAAUUUUUGAUUUUUGUUUGUUUUUUUUUAGCUAGAGGCAAUUUCAAUUGUGAAUUUUUGUUGUUGUCUAUUGUUCUGAAGACUUUGCAUAAUUUAUUGGUUUAAUUUAUCCUAAUUUAUUUGAUGAAGGUGUACAAUUUUGUAUUACCAAGGAUGUACUGUAAUAUUAAUUGAUAUGAUAAACACAAUGAGACUCCCUGUCCAUAUUAAAAAGAAAAUAAAAAGGUGCAGUAGACAAUUGAUUUUAAAGGAAAAGUUAAAAAAUUAGUUUGGCAGCUACUAAAUUUUAAAACAGGAAAAAAAAAAGUUGUUGUGGGGAGGGUGGGAAAGGGGUUUUACUUUGUGUGUUUUAAGCUUUUGUAUACUCUCCAAACUUUUACCUUUUGCUUUGUACCACUUAAAGGAUACAGUAGUCCAAUUGCCUUGUGUGCCUUCCAUCUCCUCUUAAACUGAAUGUAUGUGCAGUAUAUAUGCAAGCUUGUGCAAAAUAAAAUAUACAUUACAAGCUCA